AUGGCUGUCGAAAGUAUGUCGCCGGAAGAAGGCUCUAUCAAGGAACCCCCUUCGACUCCCGCGACAGCCGUGGGCUUCCUCGACCCGUCACUGAAUGGCGUGAGAAAUCGGGUUCUUUUUCAGCUGGGGCGCAUGGUGUUGAUCCUAUGCGUCUUCGUCCUGUGCAUUCUUUCGCUAUUUUGGGCCGUGCAGUUCCGAGUCGAGAAUAAUCUGCCCUCGUUGACGGUUUGGGUGGUGGAUUUCGACGGCCAGGUUGAUCCGUAUCUCACGAACGAUACAAUUGUCGGGCCUGCUAUAACGGAUGUUGCGGGGCAGAUUAUUGAGUCAUCGACGGAUCGCGUUGGGUAUACUAUCGUUUCACCAGCGGAGUUUGACUAUAAUGUUUGGAAUGUGCGACAGCGGGUGUAUGAUGAGCAUGCGUGGGCUGCUAUUGUCGUCAAUCCUAAUGCGACAACGAUGCUGCGCGACGCCAUCAGAAACGGGAAUUCAUCAUACGAUCCAACAGGGACAGUUCAAUUUAUCAUCAUUUCCGCUCGGGACGAAUCUACCUGCACCAAUUACAUCAGACCGGCAUUAACUAGCUUCCAGAUUCAAGCUCAGAUGGAGUUUGGGCCCCGUUGGGUACAGUCGUUGGUGCAGGAAAGGGCCAACAUCACCAACGUACCGCAAGCCGCGAACCCAGGCAUUGGGUUCAACACGUACGAUCUCAGACCAUUUGCGCCAGCCGUCGCAACGCCAGCCGUCACCAUUGGUUUGAUCUACUUGAUUAUCGUUGCGUUCUUCAACUUCCCAUUCUUGAUGCCAAUCCACAUGCAGCUCGUCAAGGGCAACCAUCCGCCAUUACAUAUGUGGCAGUGGCUGGUAUGGCGCAUUUUAACACAUAUCGGGUCGUACUUUUUCUUAUCACUAUUCUACUCGUUCGUAUCGCUGGCGUUCAAGAUCCCGUUCACCAAUUCGCCUGCACCGGAUACUAUCUCCGCUGAGAACCCCAAUGCGUAUGGGCACGGAUCAUUCGUGGUCUUUUGGAUGCUGAACUGGGUCGGAAUGGCGGCACUGGGAUUCCCAUGUGAGAACAUGGCCAUGGUUCUCGGUAUGCCGUGGAGCUCCUUCUUCCUCAUUUUCUGGGUUAUUACCAAUGUUUCGACGGCGUUUUACUCGCUGGACUUGGCACCGCAAUUUUUUGCAUGGGGUUAUGCCUGGCCUUUGCAUCGGAUCGUCGAGGCAUUACGGACGAUCCUUUUUGGAACACAUUCCCGGAUUGGAUUGGACUUUGGUGUUCUUUUUGCAUGGAUCGGAGUUUCGCUUGCUUUCUAUCCGUUUGCGAAUUUCAUCAUGCAGUGGAAGAUCAAGAGAGGAUGGUGA